AUGUCGCUCCAACUGUUUGACGUGCCCGAUGUGGAUUAUCGGUACGAAGCCUCUCGGGAGGUGGAAUUUCAACCCGCCCUGACAGGUAUCCAGCCCAUCACGUUCUCCAUUCCGGGCUCCGACGAUUAUUACGACACCAAUUCCCUCCGAUUCAAAGUCAAAGUCCGUCUGACCAAUCCAGCCACUGGGUAUACAGGCUUGGAUGAAGGGCUGCUCAUCUCCAAAUGCCAACGAAUCGAGACAUGUGUACUGCGUCAACAAUUUUGGACACUCCAUCUUUCGAGAUAUCACCCUGAGUAUGAAUGGGGUCCUCAUGACGGAACAGAGCAACACCUACCAUUACAGAGCCUACCUAGAAACCCUCCUGAACUACAACCGAGAAGAAGGCGCCACCAAGUUAGCCCCCCAAGGAUGGGUCAAUCAGCUCAAUGUGGUGAAUGUCAUGGGAGCGACCGCCGUCAAUUCCGAUGUCCCCACCAAUGCGAAUUGGAGUGGUAAUGCAGAAUUGAGAGCCUUGACCAGCCGGUUGCUAGACCAGCAUUGGCACACCUUCAUCAUUCGCCCCCAUUUGCCACCCCUCAGAACAGGCAAAUUGUUGGUCCCCAAUGUCCAGAUGGACUUUGAACUCUUCCUCAACCCCAACACCAUCUACUUGAUAGGUACCCCGAACAAAGGCACCUUGAUCGACAAAAAAAUUCCAGCCAUUCACCCAGAAGACAUCAAAGUCACCUUGCUGAUGAGAAAAGUGACCUUGAAUGCCAGCGUCUAUGUCAGACUGCAGAAAGAAAGACAGCUGGGCAAACAAAUUGCCCGCUACCCCGUGGUGCGGAGCGAAAUCCGCACCUUUUCCUUUGAUGGACGAACCACCCAGUGGGAACAAGACAAUGUGUUUGUGGGUCGAUUUCCUGACCGAGUGAUGGUCGGGUUAUUGCAUUCGGAUGCCUUCAAUGGAAACCUACAACGCUACCCCUUUGCCUUUGAAAAGUUUGGUGUCACCCAGAUACGUCAGACCUUGAAUGGAGAAGAAUACCCUUACAGAACCCUGCAAUUGACUGGAGAUCAAGCCUAUGAAGAUCUACUGGGGUACGAUCGAUUUCUACAAGCCAUGGGUGCCUACAAUGAAGACAAGAUUCCCCUACUGCUGCCUGGGGAUUGGGGACAAGGCAAGAACUGCACGUUGUUCUUGUUCAACAAUGUGCCUAGUGAAAAAGCCGAUGAUCCUCAGUAUCACAACCCCCGUCAAUCGGGCAAUGUGCGACUGAUCAUUGAUUUUGCAGCUGCUGUGGGUCACAACAUCACCGUGUUGGUCUGGAGCGAGUAUGAAAACAUGUAUGAGAUCAAUCAUAUGGGAGGUAUAAAGUACAACAUCAACGCUUGAGGUGAUUCAGAAGACGGGAGAGAGCGAGCAUGGAGUUUGUGGCGCUCAGUGAUACGGUGCUGCGGACCCUGGCCCUAGAAGAUCCCACCUUGCGACGCGUGUUUCACGGGGUGUACCCCGCCGACCAGUUACCCCGUUCACCCCCCAAGAGUGUCCGUCAAGCCUACAUUGUCAACACGGAUCCGGCGGGAGAACCGGGACAACAUUGGUUGGGGAUGUGGACGGAACAGAACAAGUGCGAGAUCUUUGACAGUUAUGGGCUGCCUCUGCACGUGUACACCCACCCCGACCUGCACCAAUGGUGGGGUCAAUGGAAACACCUGAUUCGCAGUGACCAGACGUUGCAAGCCUUGGAUAGUCAGACCUGUGGCCAUUAUGCGUUAUUUUUCUUAAAAGCCCGAGCCCAAGGACGGUCGUAUCAAGACUUUUUGGGGCAGUGGAGUUGCGAUAACUUAGUGUUGAACGAUCAGAAAGUGGCCGAGCAGUUGAAACGCGUGAUUAAACAGGAAGUACAAGAUGAAGUCGAUGCCCGCCCGGAGGGAGGGCAAAAGAAUGUGAGCCGACAGGCCUUUAUGCUUUGUAAUCCUUGUAAGUGUUGAAAUACAAAAAAAAACACCAUAAAACGAGACGUGCUGUGAUCGAGGGGUCAUUUGAAAUCUCAUCAUGAUUACGCGAGGGGAUGCCCAGCGUGUGAUCGAAGCCUUCAUGUUAGAAGAAACCUUGUAUUGGUGGUCCCACCCCAUUGAACGGGUGAACACCGUCCAAGGGGUGGAUGCGUGGGAUGGGUACCAUUGGUUGAUGGCCCGCCAACUGGCGCAAGACCAGGACUGGGUCGCUCUCAAACAGUACAUGGACACCAUGAAAGAAACGCAUUUAAGGGAGACCAUGGAACACCUGAUUCAAUGCGAGUCGCCACGCCUCUACCGCGAGUAUUGGACGGCAUGCCCAGCCACAGACGACGACGACAGCAGCGCGCUUCCUCCCGACGACCCCGCUUUCGUCAAAACGGACGGGGGAUCAUGAGCGUGUUGGCCAAAGCGUAUAAAAUCGGCAACCCAUUGGGACGUAGCAAACGGUAUAAACGCAUGGGCGCCAAAGGGGCCACGGGUCAUUACCGUCGUCUGCCUCGACCGUGGGAAGGAUGAUUCGACACCCCAGUAGUGUGAUUAUCGCUGGCCCGUCGGGCAGUGGCAAGAGCGAGUUAGUGGAACAGUGGUUACGGGACCUCAACGUGUUUCAAGUCAAACCCCACAAGAUCGUCUAUGCGUACGACCGAUGGCAACCCCGGUUCGACCGUAUGCAAAAAAAGGAGGGGAUUCAAUUUCAUCGCGGGUUACCGGACCCCCGUCAUUUGACCCAAUGGUUUGGUCGGACGCGUGGCGGAGUGCUGGUGUUGGAUGAUCUGAUGGAAGAAGGGGGACAGGAUAAACGCGUGUUGGAUUUGUUCACCAAAGAUUCCCAUCAUCGGAACAUCACCGUGUUGUAUUUGACGCAAGAUUUAUUCCCACCGGGCAAAUUUGCCAAGACCAUCAAUCGCAACGCGCAUUACAUUGUGGCCUUCAAGAAUCCCCGGGAUCAAACGGGCAUACGCACCAUUUUACUGCAAGCCUUUCCCGACCGAUGGCGUCAAGUCUUGCGCCUAUUUAAACGCAUCACGUCCCGUCCCUUUGGUUAUUUGAUGUUGGAUGUGCAUCCCGCCUCGGAUGAUCGGUACCGAUUGUGGAGUCAUUUAACGCGCCGAGAAGGCGAGGCGCAAGUCCAUACCUUGCCCGUGGAUGUCCCUGCCGUUCGACAACGAACUGCAACGAGAACUCGCCAGGGUCCGCCGGCGAAGAGAAGGCGGACAACAUACUGACUUAGCGACCCGCAUGGACACCCCGACCCUCUCGCCCGCCGGGGUGGGUUCGCCCACCGCCCCUCCCCUAGAUCUCAGUAGCAUGAAGGACAUGGUCACGGAAUUGACCCAACCCGUGGAUCGAGCCCAAUUGGAUCAAGAGAUUGAGGAUUUUAAUUGGACGUUUCCGAUCAAUGUGGACGAUGCCUUGAAUGCCUUUACGUUACCCCCUGUGGCAGGCACAGGCACGGCCCCCGCCACGACGGCGACCCAAACCCGUCCCACCACAUCCACCCGUACCCGCCCCACGGCCACCACCACCACCACUGCCUCCAGACGACCCAGACCACGUCCUGUCACCACCGCCACCACCACCACAGCCCCUUCACGCCCCUCCACCGCCCGUCGCAGUGCUGGAGCCGGGACCAGGACCACCACCUCCACGGUGACGACCCCGACUGGACGUCCCACCGUGGCCGCCAAACAACCGCGACGACGUCCUCGCGUACCCUCUCCACCGUCCCCGGAUUCCUCCCCUCCGUCGGAGGAUGAGGAUGAGGAUGAUGAUGACGACGAUCGACGGCGAGGCUUAAGGCGACGGUUGGAUUUGCUGAAUGAAGAUGCCCAAGAACGGGCGCGAGGGAGGCGCAUUCGCAAUAUUACGCAUACCAAUACGGUGACCACCGUGUAUGAAGAGGGAGGGCGACCGUCCGUGCGCCGCACCUCGAGGCGAACCUCCGGUCCACCCCCACCA